AUGGGCAUCUCUAACGACAUGAUUCUGUAUGUUCGUCACAUGGUGGAAAACUAUGGUGAAGACUACAAGGCAAUGGCUCGUGAUGAGCAGAAUUACUACCAGGACACACCCAAACAGAUAAUGCGUAAAAUCAACCUGUACAAGCGACAUCACCCACAGGAGUACGAGGCUCUGCUUACAUCAAGAACAAAACAGUAA